AUGGCGAAUCCAGUACCAGUACCCUGCGCGCCGGUUCUUGGUACAGCACUCGACAACGUCAACACUCCCACUCCCCCAUCCACUGCGAACCACUAUAAUCCUCCAAAGGCAGUGGCUGCACUGGCUGCACUGGCUGCCAUCCUCGCCCGACAGAAGGGCUCACAGACGGGAGCAUCGCGGGGUUCAUCGCCAGGAUCGAGAGCCCUCCUUCUGCUGCGGCCACCAGUCGGUUCGAUGCUUUGUUUUGAUUGUGCUCGCGCUCGUUGGCUCUUGCAGUUGCAGACCACUUCUGCACCGGUUCAUCGUCGAUAG